AUGAAGACCAAGCAGCCAUACAUACUUCGUGAAACUCAAGGGAGUCAGGAAGUAUGGAAGGUUGAACGAUCUUUACUGGAAAAAAAUCGUUCAGCUGUAGCACCCUUUCGGUGUCUAGCUGCCGUGCCACACGAAGGAUGCACGAGGGCUGCGGUACUGCCAGGUUGCCCAAGCCUAGACAGGGGAAGUCGAGAGGCAGAGUUCGGGUUCGAACCAAGGACUUUCCGGUCAGUAAAUUCGCGCUCUAACCACUUGGUCCAACCGGAAAAAGUGCUAUACAAAGCAGGAGAAAAAGAAGUUCACUAA